AAUCACGAAGGAAAUAAAAGAGAAUGAAAGGAAAUAGCGGCUAAAAGGGUAUUUCUUAGUUGGAUUUUGUUCGUUUUUUAUGUGAAUAAGUGUAUAUUUCCGAUAACAAUUUCGUCAGUGGAUAACUUGUUUAUUAUUUGUGCUAAAUGUUCUAUGAAGUGCUAUUUGUAAUUAUGUGUUGUUACGAAGCGUUGGUGUGUCGAAUUUGUGAGUGAUCUAGGUGGUAUCCUGGUUCUGUGUCGUGCUGAGCAAUAAUGCUUCCCGCUGGCAUCGUUGGAAUUUAAACAAUUUGGUUCCGAACGGUAUGGAUGAAGGUCUACUAAACGAUCUACUGGAGUGCUCCGUGUGCUUGGAGAGGCUCGACACCUCCUCGCGCGUCUUACCCUGCCAACACACAUUCUGUUUGAAGUGCUUGAAGGUGAUUGUAGAGUCGCACAAGGAGCUACGAUGUCCGGAGUGCCGGGUGCUAGUCGAGGCCAAGGUGGAGGAGCUGCCUCCCAACGUGUUACUGAUGAGGAUACUCGAGGGCAUGAAGAAUUCUGCCCCGAGGAAGGUCAGCGUUGUCCAGCGAGCGCCCAGGAGUGGACAUUCUCAGACGCAGACGCAGCAAGGUGCGCGGACGGAAGCCAAGCAGCUGCCGCCGCACGCCCGCGCUAUCUACGACUUUAUAUCCAAGGAGCCGGGUGACCUUUCCUUCAAAAAAGGUGACACUAUUAUGCUGCAAAAGAAGUUGGACCAUUUCUGGUAUCAAGGCGAGUGCUCAGGGAGAACUGGCAUGUUCCCUAUCACAUAUGUACAGGUAGUGGUAGCUUUGCCCGUGCCAACUGCAUUGUGCAAAGCUCUAUAUGACUUCAGGAUGUCAGCUCCUGAUGAGGAAGGUUGUUUGGCUUUUGAUAAAGGUGCAAUAAUAACAGUACAUAGGCGUGUAGAUGAGAACUGGGCGGAAGGUCGGCUGGAGCGCCGCGUUGGCAUCUUCCCCAUCGCCUUCGUAGAGCUCAACCAGCCUGCGCGACAUCUCAUGAACAGCGUCCCUCUAAACCGAGCAGUACCACCGUUGCCCUCUGAAGAGACGAGACCGGGUCAUUCGGAGCACAGGCACACACAGCACACACACAGAUACCAGCCCGUCUCCCUCUCCGCACCCCCCACAGCACACGGCAACUACCAGAACAUGGCCCCUAUGACACCCAUCACACCAACACCUCACAACUACCCACCUCACGCACACAGCAUGCUCACACAACAACAACAGAUCCUAGUGCCUCAAACUGUCUCACAUGGACCUCUCGUCACCAAUAUGUCUAGAAAUAUCGUGGAACCUGCCCAAACUAAACUAUCACUAGACUUUAUCAAUCAUUUUGUCAAUGUACACAACAAUAAAACCGUGGGCAUACAAAAUGUAUCACGUAUUAAUGACUACGAGCGCAUGAGAGUCGGGAAAUUUGAAAAUUAUUCACAAAAAUCCGAUACGACUUAUCAAAAUGUAAGAAGUCAUGAACAUUUUCCGAUAUCAGUGGCAAAUUUCAAUACAAAUAAUGUCAGCUCAGAUUCUAGCUCUAGUAUGAACACGCCAUCAGUCGGUGUCAGUUCUACGACAACACCAAAUACUAGCUCCAAUACAAGUACUUGUGAAAGUGCUGAACCAAGCUUACCAAGUUCCCCGGACAAUAACACGGAACGAAAUUCAACCUUAAACGUAUCUAAUACGGUUCAAAAUCCAACACCCGAUGUAACCAAUGAUAAUGAAACUGAUACGUCAAUAAAUACUUCUAUGGGAGUUCUAAGUCUGAACGAAAGUUCAACAGCGACUAAUACUUCUUUAAAUGUUAGCUUACCACCUACUGAAAGUCCUAAAAACAUAGCCAAUACAUCGCAGACUCAAAAUGAAAGUCUAGAAAAUGAUACAUCUAGAUUAGAUGUACCUUCAUCAUCUAAGAAUGUACGUCCCAGUGGACCUGAUUCUUUAUUAAACUUCGGCCUGGGUCUACAAGCUGCAUUGUCGCCAUCUCACGGCAAAGAUGGAAACUAUUCCCGGUCCCAUAGAGAACACCAUAGAGAAAGAGAGAAGAGACACAGUUUGACUCCUUCUACACAUCUACAGGGGAAUCACACACCAAUAAAUAGACAUUCUGCUGAAAUCCUAGCGACCAGUCUUUUAGAUCAUGCACCAGAAAGGGAGAGAAAACGCACAGAAAGAGAAGGUGAGAGAAGACGUCGUCGUUCUAGAAGUAACGAGCGCCCUCUACCUGCAGCUUACAUCGCCAUGUAUCCAUACAAACCGCAGAAGUCUGACGAAUUGGAACUAAAGAAAGGAGGAUUGUAUACUGUUACGGAGCGUUGUCGUGAUGGUUGGUACAAGGGUUACUCUGAGAGUACACAGCGCUGUGGUGUGUUCCCUGGCAACUAUGUAGCACCUGCUGCAGCUGCGCACGCGCCGCUCAUACAACAUCAUGCUGCGACUGCGCAUCUCCAGACACGACCUAAACAUGAUAAGGCGGUCGUUCAAGUGAAUCCUAAAACAACACAAGCACCACCAGACGCACCCCCGAGGGCUGCCAGUCCCACACCUGUCCAACCUCUGACAUACCCAUGGAGUGCGCAAGCGACACAACCGCAAGCUGCAACUAAAAUAGACAAGCCUAAAGAGAAGACGAAAUCGGAAAAAAUCUCAAUAUCUACUGGCGUCAGUCUGAUGAAAAGGUUGGCUGCAAUGAAGAAAUGUAAAUCACCUCCUCCAGUGGGGUACAGUAUGGAUAACCCCGUGUUCGAGGACGGCCCCGGACCUUCUCUGGCCGCCCCUCACCCUGUACACGUCAGAGCGAGCAACGAAGGUCCAUGGCAGAGUCAGCAUCGCAAGUCGCAGUCAUUAGAUGUGACAGUCGCUCGCCGUGACAGGCAUCACGCGCAGCCUGUCAAAGAAAGAUUCCGCUGCAUAGCUCCUUACCCACCGAACUCUGAGUACGAAUUAGAGUUGAAAGUGGACGAUAUCGUGGUGGUGUCUCGUAAGCGCGGUGACGGCUGGUACAAGGGUACGUUGCAGCGCACAGGACGUACGGGACUCUUCCCCGCAUCCUUCGUACAGAGUUGCCCUCACGAAUGACAACGUACACCUCACAGAUAUUAUGAUACGUUGUAUUGAUAGGAAAAAAUUCAAU